AUGGCGGGAAACACCACAGCUCCAAAUGUAAAGCUAGCAAAAGCAAUGGGUAAGAAGACAGCUUCAAAGUUCAAAUCUCCAGUUCAAUGGCAUUAUCAUGUUCGUCUUCAGGGCACUUGGAUUGGAAGGGAGAUUCAUUGUGUUGUCUUGAGAACAGGUAAAGCAUGGAUUAGAAAUCAGCUUUCUGUGUCAACAGCGUUCUUAUCAAUGUAUGCGAAGUUUGAAAUCUUGAUUCGGCAACUUUAUUUCGGACAUAAGAUUGAAGGGUUCAACCCGGACGCAGUCUCCCUUAUCAGUGUCAUUUCAGCUUGCUCCAAACUAGAGGUCAUUUUGCUGGGUAAAUCUGUCCAUGCAUUUAGUCUAAGAAAUGGUUUACACUCAAACAUUGAUGUUUCAAAUGCACUCCUGAUGUUUUACUCUGAUUGUGAUCAACUAUCCUAUUCUUUUAAGCUAUUUCACAGAAUGCCUUUAAGAAAUGCUGUGUCAUGGAAUACUUUAAUAUCUGGAUGCAUACAUAGUGGAAAAACUGAAGAGGCAACUAUCCUUCUUGAGCAAAUGCAGAAAGAGGGAGCAGAGUUGGACAUGGUUACCCUGAUAAGCAUUAUCCCUUGUUUCAGUGAGAGUGAAAAUUUAAAGCAAGGAAUGGCUAUUCAUGGUUAUGCUGUAAAAACUGGGUAUGCUUCCGAUGUUUCUUUAGCGAAUGCACUAAUUACCAUGUAUUGUAACUGUGGAAAUCUUAGUGAUGGGAGGCUACUCUUUGAAGUCAUGUAUGAGAGGAAUCUGGUAUCGUGGAAUUCUCUGAUUACUGGAUGUCGAUAUCACAACUUGCAGAAUGAGGUUUUGGUCUUGUUCAGAGAAAUGAGAAGGGAGGGUCAGAGGCCAAAUCAUAUGCAACUUUCUGGGUUGAGACCAAAUGAAAUUAUCUAUUCAAGUAUACUAUCAGCUUGCAGCCAUGCAGGUUUAGUUGGGCAAAGCCAGUUGGUGUUUAACUCUAUGGUAGGACAUGGCAUAUCACCAAGAAUGGAGCACUACGCGUUUAUUGUAGACCUUCUUGGAAGAGCUGGUUACUUGAAUGAGGCAUUUGACAAAGUUAAGCUACUUCCCUUUAAACCCUCUGUAAGCCUGCUUAAAUCAUUGUUGGGUGCUUGUAGAGUCCAUGGCAACGUUGAACUUGGAGAAAAAAUUAGUGAGAUGCUGUUUGAAAUUGACCCAGAAAAUUCAGGAUCAUACGUCACGCUUCACAAUAUCUAUGCAUCAGCAGGAAAGUGGGAAGAUGCCAAUAGAGUGAGGUCUGAAAUGGAACAAAAACGAUUAAAAAAAAUGCCUGGUUUUAGUCUUGUGGGAGACGGGCAGUUUUCAUAAAGUAUCAUAGGGAUAAAGGAGCAACGGUUUAGCAGUGCCAUUCCUGUGAAAAGGAGCCUUUCUCUGUACAUAACCCUCACGUAAUACUGAGCGUUCUCAGGAGAAGCCCGCCUGAACCCCGGCAGGAACAUUUAUUCCAAUGAAGCGGCUUUACAGUACAAUUGGAGAUGUUAUGAUCUAAGGGCUAAAUCAUUGGAUUGUCAGUUUGAGAAUUGAGACUACGUAACUAGAAGUCCCAUGAAGCGAUGAGGGGUUUAUUUGAUUUAUAACCUCUAUUCGUGUGUUUUAGG